GAUACUGAUGGAAAUGGUGAAAACAUGUGUGAGAUAAUGGAUGAGAAGAAUUUGUUACAGGACUCCUGGGGCUCAGAUCACUACCCAAUUAUAAUGGAAAUGGACUAUGAGAUUGCUAACUACAUUAAAAAGACGAAUAGAAUCUCAUCCAAUAAGACAAAAUGGGAUGAGUAUAGUGGAAAGGUUACUGAAAUCUGGGAAAAAACAAGAAAAGCAUUAAAUUUGGAUUUAGGAGACAAAGACAUGCGGAUAAAAUAUAACCUGCUAUGUGAAAGCAUGAAAAUGGCCAUAGAAGAGAUUACCCCGAGGAGAAGAGAUAACAAGAAAGAGAAUAAAAAGAAUAAGAUAAAUAAUAAAAGAGUAAACCCAGUUAAAUGGUGGGAUGAGGAAUGCGAAGAAGUGAUUAGAAAUAGGAAAAAGGCACAAAAGAAAUUUGUUAGAAAAGAAACGAUGCAUGCAUAUAUAGAAUACAAGAGGUGCAGAGCCAUAGCGAGAAAAGUGAUCAAAUUAAAAAAGACACAGAACUUUGAAUCAUUCUGCACAUCUAUUAACAAGAACAUAAAUAUGAACUAUGUAUAGAAUACGAUGAGGAUAUUUAGGAAUUGCAAAGCGAAGAUAGAAUGGAACAAGUGGAAGAGCAGGAACAGAGAAGAAAGUA